AUGGGCGGCGGCCCUCAGAUCCCGUACCCCAAGUGGGUGUGGACGCCCGUCGGCGGCUGGUACAACAACUACCCGAAAAACUACCAGCGCAACGGGUUGAUCAUGGCCGCCGGCUGGUUCGCCGCGGUGACCGCCAUCUUCCAGCUCUCUAUUCGUUGCGAGCGGCGCGCGGUCGCUCCGCAC